CUCUCUGUUUCAACUCAACUAUCUCUGCAUCUCAAAUACCUUCCCUAAGACCUCUGUUCCUCUUGUGUUUAGGCUUAUUGAUACCGGUAUUAUCGACACUCAACAUUCUAAAAGAAUAAGAAGAAAACCUCCUGCUGGAAUGUGGGCGUCUAGCUUAUUUUAAAUUUGUUGAGAUAAGAUUCCAAGUUCCGGGUUUUGAUUCUUUAGGCUGAAUGAGCUCCCAUGCCUUUGCUAGAUAUUGCCACUGCUAAACCUUCCUUGCAAGGCCCUCUGGUUCCAGCGAGGGUUCAAGUUUUGUCAAAUACAUGGAAAUCUUCCCCAUUGCCAACGAGGAUAAAUUUUCAUGUGGGGCACCAGGAGAACCACUGUGGAAAACUCCAGGUUCGAGCCGUUGCGACCCUCAAACCCAAGUUUCCGAAACAAGAUGGCACAGCAAUACGUCACAACUUGGAGGUAAUUCAAGCCCUUCAUCAAAUCAGCUCGGCCCUUUGGAGACCGGAGACUCGGAUGAUGAAGUGGACGAGAGGGAAAAGUUAAGGCGGAUGAGAAUUUCUAAGCGAAUAAAGGAA